UGCAUCCGAUAGUUACUGUCAUAAUAAAGAAGAACAUCAACUUCUCGAUACUUUCGUUUGACUUCGGACUCUGCAUCCGAUUCCGUGGACUUUUUUAGUUACUAAUCGAAUAUUCUUAAAGAAUCGAAACGAUGGCAUCCAACACCGGCGGGGUCAAGCCUAUGACCAUCACUGGUCGCAUGGUCCGAGAACGCGAGCGUCUGUUGGGUAUGACCGCUGAGGAACGUGCCUGGAGAGCCCAAUGGUUGAAAGAUCAGGAACUGGCUCCCAACGAACCUCGGCAUGUACCUGAAUACUGGAAGGAACGUUUGAACCCUAUUCGCAGAUUUUACCGUGCUCCGCUCGAUUUGGUGGAAAAAGCAUUGAAACCAGUUGUGGGAACCAAUUGGGCUUUUGCAGUUCGCUUUUGGACCGGAAAGAUCGCAUUGAGUGCUUUUGCAAUUUACGCCACAGCAUAUUAUUUUAAAUACAACCAAAACGAUUGGACACGGAAAGGAGGAUGGCGAGUGAUUCACUCUCGCAAAGCCGUAUUCCCUGGUGAUGAAGGAUAUCCUAACUACCCACAGCGCCAAUCUCCUGCUGAUUAUGCCGCGCGUGGGUUCAAGCAAUCUCCAAUUUAAUCACCAUUGAAGACGCUUGUUAUUGUGUAGAUAUGCCCUAAAAAUAUAAACAAAUGCUCUAAUGUUUACAUGAACAUUUUCAUUGAUUAUUUUGAUAUGCCACAUAAUCGAUCAUUAUCGUUGCUCUGUUCUACAUGUGUGUUAUAUUUUAUGCAAAACAUAAAAGACGCAUGUAGAACAGAGUAAUGGUCGUCAAUUUCGUUUCAAACUAUGUAUGAAUGAUAAGCGUAUCAAACUAGAACAGAUAUUUUUUGGCACUAGGCUCAUUCAGAUAUACAGCGAACUGUAGGAAGCUGGACGCUCUUCCAUUUCCUGUCUUCAAUGUGGUACGAACUGCGUUAUUUUUAUUAGUAUUUGGUUGGGAUUUUAAUGUCGAAUAAAGCACAUAAAACACC